UUCGUGCACAGUUUCCCUGAGCAGCCAGUCUGUCAAGUGGUGUCUGUGGUUCGUCAUCUCAGUGCUCCGGUCCGGACUUUCACCUAGUCGCAGUCCUUGUAAGCAACAGGUGCCUAUGGUAUCCUUCUGUUCCUUAUAAAUAAAUACGGUGUACCAUUGCUAUCAUCAGCUAGUUUCCGGUAGUUAGUUAAAGUGAACAGAUUCCAAAGAGUUUUACAAUAUUCCUUUCGUACAAAAUGUCGAUGAUGCGCGUAUUUACUCGUAAUAUGGCCACCGCGGCCAAAAUUAACAACGUGGUUGUGAUCGGCGGUGGCCUAAUGGGAUCCGGAAUCGCUCAGGUUGCCGCAGCAACUGGCCACAAGGUGACGCUGGUGGAGGUAAAUGAUCAACUGGUAGACAAGGCCAUCGGAAGCAUCAAGAAGAGCUUAGAACGUGUCGCAAAGAAGCAGUUCAAAGAUGAUGCAUCCAAGGGCCAGCAGUUCGUCGAAGGUACGCUCAGCAAUCUCAAAGGAUCCACGAAGCUGGAAGAUUCCGUGUCCAGCACGGAUCUGGUCAUUGAAGCCAUCGUCGAAAAGAUGAACAUCAAGCACGAACUGUUCGGCAAAAUCGACGCCGUUGCACCGGCCAGCACGAUUUUUGCCAGUAACACAUCGUCCCUCUCGAUUGGGGAGAUUGGAUCAGUGACCAAGCGUGAAGAUCGUUUCGGCGGAUUGCACUUUUUCAAUCCGGUACCGAUGAUGAAGCUGCUGGAGGUCAUUCGCACCGAAAAGACCUCGGAGGAAACGUACCAGCAGUUGAUGGAAUUUGGUAAGCGCAUGGGAAAGACCUGCAUCACUUGCAAGGAUACUCCCGGAUUCGUCGUGAACCGUCUGCUGGUUCCGUACAUGGCGGAAGCGGUUCGUCUGCUGGAACGAGGCGACGCCUCGGCACGGGAUAUCGACAUAGCCAUGAAACUCGGCGCAGGCUAUCCUAUGGGACCGUUCGAGCUGAGCGACUACGUCGGUCUGGACACGACCAACAACAUUAUGCAGGGAUGGCACGAAAAGUACCCGGAAAAUCCGCUGUUCAAUCCGCCGAAGAUGUUGCAGAAACUAGUUUUUGAGGGAAAGCUUGGUGUUAAGUCUGGCGAGGGAUUCUAUUCGUAUAAGAAGUAAAUGUGUUUUUUUGUGAUCUUGUUUUAUAUUUAGUAAAUAAAAUGCAUUUGAUUGUA